AUGGCUAUUGCUCUUACCAUUAUGACUAUUGCUCUCACCAUUAUGGCUAUUGCUCUCACCAUUAUGACUAUUGCUCUCACCAUUAUGGCUAUUGCUCUUACCAUUAUGGCUAUUGCUCUCACCAUUAUGACUAUUGUUCUCACCAUUAUGGCUAUUGUUCUCACCAUUAUGGCUAUUGCUCUUACCAUUAUGGCUAUUGCUCUCACCAUUAUGACUAUUGCUCUCACCAUUAUGGCUAUUGCUCUCACCAUUAUGGCUAUUGCUCUCACCAUUAUGACUAUUGCUCUCACCAUUAUGGCUAUUGCUCUUACCAUUAUGGCUAUUGCUCUCACCAUUAUGACUAUUGCUCUCACCAUUAUGGCUAUUGCUCUUACCAUUAUGACUAUUGCUCUCACCAUUAUGGCUAUUGCUCUUACCAUUAUGGCUAUUGCUCUCACCAUUAUGACUAUUGCUCUCACCAUUAUGGCUAUUGCUCUCACCAUUAUGACUAUUUCUCUCGCCAUUAUGAAUAUUGCUCUCACCAUUAUGACUAUUGCUCUCACCAUUAUGGCUAUUGCUCUUACCAUUAUGGGUACUACUGUUACCAUUAUGACUAUUUCUCUUACCAUUAUGACUAUUUCUCUCGCCAUUAUGACUAUUGCUCUCACCAUUAUGACUAUUGCUCUCACCAUUAUCGCUAUAGCUCUUACCAUUAUGGCUAUUGCUCUCACCAUUAUGACUAUUGUUCUCACCAUUAUGGCUAUAGCUCUUACCAUUAUGGGUACUGCUGUUACCAUUAUGACUAUUUCUCUUACCAUUAUGACUAUUUCUCUUACCAUUAUGACUUUGCUCUCACCAUUAUGA